GUGAGGGAGGGAGGGCGAAGAGACAGGGAGAGGGAGGGAAAUGAACUAGAACCGUCCAUCAUCACUGGGUCUUCGCAGGUUUAAAAUCCCCAGGCAAAAGGGAGAGAGAGUCCAGGUCAAACAGCAUGCCCGAGAUGAACAGUCAAACGGUCCUGAAGGAAGGGCUGUUGGAGAAAAGGAGUGACGGCUUGCUGCAGUUAUGGAAGAGGAAAAGCUGCGUGCUCACUGACGAGGGGCUGUGCAUCUACGAGCCGAAGGCGAGCCGCUCCAAAUGCAAAGUGCUGCCGUUCGACAACAUGAAGACGGUGGACUGCGUGGAGAGAAAAGGCCGGUACGUCUACUUCACCAUCGUGAUGGCCGACAGCAGGGAGAUCGACUUCAGGUGCCUGGAGGACACGACGUGGAACGCGGAGAUCACCCUGGGCAUGGUGCAGUUUAAGAACCGCCAGGCCAUCCAGUCGGUGAAAUCCAGGCAGCUGGCUCACAUCUGCACGCCUCCUCCAGCCAUCAGCACCAUGUCCUGAUCCAAAGAGCCCCGAGCUAUCAUUGAUAUGCAAAAGUGAUGAACAAAUCUUGACCUACAACCAAACAACGCUGAACGGGACAGGAUUGAUUUUGUGUCUGCAUCCAUCACAAGACUACACCUCAGUUCAACCAAAUGACAAUCAUGACUCAAAAUGGAUGUAUCUUCACGAGAAGGACUGUAUUAUAAUAAUCUAGAGAACAGAUUCAUUAUUCACAAUACGCUUCUCAGUCUUAAUUUUUUUUAUUCUUAUUUAUUAAAUGACCAAUACUCACUGUAGCGAUGACUUCAUGCAAGUCACACAUAAUGCAUUGUAAAUUACUGAUGCCAACUUUAUUUAUUGAGAUAUACUGUCUUUUCAAUGCUUGACACUGUGGCUUUUUCUCUGCCAAACGGUAAAUCUUGCAAUCUGUAUGAAGAUUGUUUUUUUUGUCUGUUAACAUGUAAAUAAAAAUAAUGACAAACGUGA